AUGGUUCACAAGAUCCGUAUCACUCUCUCUCCUCCAAGAAUGUUAAGAACCUCGAGAAAGUCUGUGCUGAUUUGGUUCAUGGUGCUAAAGACAAGAGGCUCGGGGGGGGGGGGGGGGGGGGNUCGUGGUGCUAAAGACAAGAGGCUCAGGGUUAAGGGACCAGUGAGAAUGCCCACUAAGGUUCUUCACAUCACUACUAGGAAGUCACCUUGUGGUGAAGGUACUAACACAUGGGAUAGGUUUGAGCUCUGUGUACACAAGCGUGUGAUUGACCUGUUCAGCUCCCCGGAUGUGGUAAAGCAGAUUACCUUGAUCACAAUUGAACCUGGUGUUGAGGUUGAGGUUACGAUUGCUGAUUCUUAG